AUUGUCUGUAUAAGUGACGAAUGCCGAUUUGUCGGCGGUUUGUGACAGUUCCUUUCAUCGGCAUUUUUUUGUUAAAAUUAAAUCAAUGUUUAUUGAAUAAUUUAUAAUCUAUUUCUUUGAUUUUUUUAAUGCAUCACGAUAAAGUGUAUUAUUGAUUAAAAACAUUUUAGUAUACUAUCAUUUGAAAAGAAAGUGCAUGCAGCAGGUCCAAUGGAGCUGCAAGCAUUGCUAGUGUUGUGUGGUGUUGGAGUUGCGGGAGUAGCUGUUCUCCUACUCAUGGGCCUCUUCUCAACAUCAGGAACAAGCUAUGAAGAAGCUAUUGCUCAGCAACGAAAAGCAACAAGUGAACUGUUAGCUCUUGCUGAAAAUAAGUCAAAAAAUAAGAAAACAAACAAAAAAGCAAAUAAGAAGUUGGCAAAGAAAGAAAAGAACAAAGAAAACCCAACUGCAGCAACAGGAAGUGAACCUGAAAGUGAAGCACCAGCUGAGAGUGGAGUUGAAGACGAACCAGUAUCAGGAAAACCACAUGUUGAAUUUAGUCCACCUGUUGUUGUUGAGGUGCCAACUGACCCACCACUUAACAUCAAGAUUCGUAAACGCGGCAAGGAUUCUAAAGUAAAGCCGAUUCUUGUAAACAAAGAGGAUCCAAGCUGCGUUAGCGAUCCGAGCACGCUCCCCGAUACUACGGUUGCGCCAGUUGUCAACCAUUUCGAGGAGAUGCAACCUAAGGAUGAGUUCGAGUUGUUACAUUCUACACUCUCUGGGGACAAAGCAACUGAAGCUAAAGAAGAGAUUGUGGAGAAGAAAGAAAGCAAAGAGAACAAGACAAAGCAAGCUAAAGGAGGUGUAAAAGUGCAACCUAAACCUAUUGUGGAGGCUGUUAAGGAUGAUGCUUCUCGUGAACGACGCAAUAGUGGGGAUGCUCCUAAAGAACAAAGAAAAGCAAAGAAAAUAGAGAAGAAGUCAGUGGAAGAGGGUUCAGUAGUUGAAGAGAUUGUGCCUCCACUCAAUGCUCCUCAGCCAAGCGAGCUAACAACUGAGAAACUCUUGAAGCAGGCGCUCGUAGCUGCACCUGUCCCAGCACCUUCGCCCCCAGCGAAAGGCAAGAAGAAGAAGGCUGAGCCCAAUGUCCUUUCACUUAUGGCGGGCGAUAGCGGCGGUGUAUCAGUGAGCGAACUGGUCCGAGUGGUAAAGGAAGCAUCUCUCUCUCGCACUGAGAUACAGAUCCUAACUGAUGCUUUGCUGAAUAAACAGCAUGAUCCUCUGCCCGAACAUUCUGAAUGGACUGAGGGCCCAAAUGAUCCCAUGCAAAAACUAAAGAAACAACUUGCUGACAAAGAAAAGGCACUUGCAGAUGAAAUCGAGGCAUCUCAAGCUUUGCACGCGAAACUGAAGGAAUUGAGGGGGCUGCUGAACGCGGAGCGCGGGCGCGCGGUGACGGCGAGCCGCGCGGCGGAGCAGGCGGCGGCGGCGGCGCGCGCCGAGGCGCACACGCUGCAGACGCGCCUGCAGCGCUUGCUCGACGACAACCACGCGCUCGCGCAGGAGAAGCUCCUUCUUCAAGCGAAAUUGGGCGAAGAAGGUGAAGCUCAGGCGCAACGAGUUCAAAUGGAAAUGCAUAUUCAAAGAUUAUCUGAGGCGGAGGCUGCGCUGGUGCAGCAGCUGACGGCGCUGCAGGCGGAGCUGAGCGCGCGCGUGCUGGAGGCGGGGCAGGCGCGCUGCGAGGCGGGCGCGGCGCGCGACUCCAUGAUCAUGGCGCAGCAGCACGCCGCCGACCUAGCGCAGCAGCUGCAGGAGGCGAACCGGCUAUACGCGGAACUGGAGCAGCAGCGGCAGUGCGCCGUGCACGCCGACCAGCUCGCGCAGCAGGAGCUGCGCCAGACGCAGCAGCGGCUCGCCGAUCUCCAAAACGAAGUUCAAAGAUUAACGGCUCGUGCGCAGACAGCUGAGAACAGUUUAGAUAAGGUGAAGGAAGACUACGAAAAACAAAAGGAAGAGCUAUCAAAGGAGGUCGCUUCUCUUCGCGAACAAUUAGCGGCGAGGGAAAGUGAACUGGCUGAACUAAAAAUGAUGAAAAUUACACCCGCGCAAAAUGGCUUGCCGCUCAAUGAUGCGAAUGAACAACAAAAGGCAGCGGAAUUAGCCAAAGUGGAAAGUGUGGUGGAAGCCCUCCGUAGAGAGUUGAGUGCUGCUCAGGCUGACAACCAGCAACAGAAGGAACAGCUGGCUCAAUUGCUGCAACAGCUGGACCACUAUAAGGAGAAGAAUAAUGAGUUGCGAACUAAAAACUGGAAAGUAAUGGAGGCUUUACAAAGCGCUGAAAGAUCGCUGCAGGCUAAAGCGUCCAGCGCGUUGCCGGCCCAAGACACGGUCUCUGAAGCAAAAACGAAGGCUGAUGAAACAAAUUACAAUGAAGUAAUAAAUGUCCUGCGCGCCAUGUGUCCCGCAGCAGUUCCUGCAAACUCUUCCGGCUCUGAAUGGAUCAAAACGUUCGCCGAUAAUAUCAAAAACGAGUUACAAAAGAAAGAAGCCGAAAAGGCAUCCUUCGAAAAGUUACUAAAGGAAAAGCUAUUAGAAAAAGAAAAUGAAAAGAAACAGCUCGAGAGUGAGAUGCAAAAUAAACUUUUACAAAAAGAGAAUGAGAGGAAGAAAUUAGAGAGUGAGGUGCAGAAAAAGUUACAAGAGACUGAAAUUGUAAGAAAGCAGUUAGCGGACAGUUCGCAAAAGGCGCCCGCCGAUGCGAGACUCGGCGAAUUAGCCGCGCAAAACGAGCAUUUACAGGCCUUAGUUGAUAAAUACAAGAGAAUUAUUGAUGAUACGGAGGGUGUAUUAAGCCGGUUGCAACAGAACGUGGCCAUAGAGGAGAGCCGUUGGGCGCAGCAACUCGCCGACAAGCAGAAGGAGCUGGACGACCUGAAGCACAGGACUCUUUCACAGAUGCAGAACAAAAUUGAUCAACUGCAGAGUGAAUUGCAAAAAUCACAGUUUAAGAGCCGCAAUGUCACGUUUGCUGAGGCAGAACGACUUACAGAGGAAAAACUGAUAUCUAGUCUCUCAGAUAAACAUGAAAUCGACGUUCACAACGGUCCAUUAAAGGCAUCUCUGGGAGAGAAAUAACGAAUAGAAAAUUCACCACAAACAAGAAUAUUUGUACGCGAUCGUUGCAAGCGUUCGGUGCGCUCGCACGAGUGCAGGUAACGUAUCGGACACUUGAUAUACACUGCCGCUGCCAACUUGUUAAAAUUUUCUAACAGAAUUGUCUUAGCAAAUUUAUAUUGACUUUUGGCAAACAUUCGAGCUCCUUAGUUAACUUUUCCCACGUUAUUUAAAUACAUACAUUCUAAAUAACAUUUAGCAUCACUCUCAACGCCAUGUAGAAUUGAUAAGUGAGAUUACAAUUUCGUGCUUAUUUCUGUUACAUUGUAUGAUAAUUAUUGUGUAUAUAAAAUCCAUUUAAUUCUAAGGUAAAUAUGCGAAUUUUCAUAGUGUACUGAACAUUGUUUGCGAACACCCUCAGUUUUGUUAUUGACAUUCAUACUAGAUAAUUUUGCUCAGAGCUAAAUUAAUUGAAUUUUUAUAUAAUUUGAAAUGUUGAGUAGUGAUAUGAAAUAUAAAAGACAUUUGUAAAUGUAGAACUUAAUUGUUUUACAGUUGUUGCUUAGGGAAUUAUUUGAAAUUGUAUCUUUUUUAAUGUCAAAUGGAUUUUUUUUAUAUGUGAUGAUUUUUGGCGCAAUAUUGUAUACGACUUAGUUUUUUUAAUAAUUUUUGGUUGAUAUCGAAAUUUAUUUGUGUUAAUUUAUACGCUGAGGUCAUUGUUUCAAUUUGACCACAAAGAUGACGAAAUUUAUAUUUUCAUGAAAGUGGAACUGUGAUUUAAAUUACUAGUUACUUUAUGUUGUAGCAGACACUGAGAUACAAAACUUACUUCCUAUUAGCACUACCGAUACUGUUAGUGUUUGGCUCUUCAAGUAUGAACAUACUUUGAUGAUGUAAAGUUAAGUAAGUAAAGUGGUUUAUAUUAUUUAGACUAAAUAAAAAUUGACUAAUUAGAUGCGUAAAAAUUAUUAAGGCUCUCCCAUACAUAAGGUUGAUCUAACCCGGUUUUUUUAUACAUACGGAUUCUAAAUCAAACACAGAACCAUGAAUUACAAAAUUUGUUCAUUCAUUGUUCAUAUUUGUCGGGUCUCUUAAUAUAUUCUAGUAUGUGAGAGCCUUUAUAAUAUAGACUUGUUUAUUGUGUGAAAUUAGAUUUAGACGAAAAUUAUUGAUCGCCUACGCAGUCUUCUCGGUGAUACAAGUGCAAAUUGAUAUAAAAAAUAACUCGUCCUUAACUUUGAUUUAUAUCGUAUUUUUACCAUUUCGAUAUAAAACACUUAAUCAUAAUUAACAACUUUCAGAACAGAUCCCUGUGUUUACAUUUAAUUUAUUCUAUAUUAUGCAAUAUUUUCAAAAAAAAGCAAUUAUUUAGAUGUUUCAUUUUUUAUUAUUUAAAAUUAUAAGUUAUUCCGAAUUUAAUGAAACGCGUGUUUGGACAAUUUUAGGGAGUGUUAUUUAUUUUUAAAGAUUUAUUUAUAGCUUUUGUACUAGUGCAUAAUCAUUUUUCAGUGCCUUAGAAUAAGAUUUGAAUUUGAUAAGUCGACUGUUUUAUUUUCCUUUAAUGUAAUAAUAAAAUUAUAAAAUGCAUGUUAACAUUAAGUUUAAUAGUUAAUGCCAUUUUUAUUACGCUGAUAUAUUUGAACUAUUUAAACACGAAAUAACAUUUAAAGGGUAAAUGAACAUAUUUUAAGUUUUUAUUGCUCCAUUUACAUUUAAUCUGCUUUAACCUUGCUUUAUAAAUGACAUCGAUACACUCUAAAUUUAUUAAGAUCUAUACAGUAAUUAAUGAAAUAGCCAGCCUUAAAAUUUAGCACAUUAUUUUGAGGGGCAGAUUAUUCACGAAAGGCAUUGUAUUUCUAUUCAUAAAUAGACCAAAGCCUCUCAAUGCCUAAUCAAUGAAUCUAAUGAAAUCUUCCUGUUUCAUAUAACUAAUUAGUGUUUCAAUAGUGCAGUAUAUCAUGAAUUACUGUGUCAAAUGUCCAGAAUUGAAAUAUUUAAAACUAGACAUAAUGUUUAAACUUAAUGAUUUAUGAUAUAAUAAGAGGGGUCAUAUAAAGCUCGUAAUUUUUAGAUAAAGAUAUAAUCAAAUAAAAUAUUUCUACAACU